CUAGUAACAAACAGUGCCCAUGAUCCCCCAGCCCUUUCCGGAAGCCUCCACCCAACUACAGACUAAAAACAGGACCAUCCAAAAACCAAAAGCCUACCACCCCCAACCUUCCAAAAUCAUCACUAUAUUUCGUCUUCCUCCUCCACCGUAACAUGCAGAAUCACUACUAUAGUACUACCACCCAGCAAAACCAAGAAGCCUGCAGCCAAACAAAGAAUUCAUAAACAUAUGGCAUCAUCUACUCGUGUUUUCCCUCCAUCACUUUCCCACUCAGGACGGCCAAACAGAGUCUCCUUCUCCCCCCCGCCACCCUCCUCCUUCCCCACCGCUUCCUUCAGGGGAAGAACAAACUGCGGCGUUCCAAGGCGGCGGCUCAGGGUGGUGAGCGAGAAGGUGGUGGGGAUCGACCUGGGGACCACGAACUCGGCGGUGGCGGCGAUGGAGGGCGGCAAGCCGACGAUCGUGACGAACGCGGAGGGGCAGCGGACGACGCCGUCCGUGGUGGCGUACACGAAGAACGGGGACCGGCUCGUGGGGCAGAUCGCCAAGAGGCAGGCCGUGGUGAACCCCGAGAACACGUUCUUCUCGGUGAAGAGGUUUAUCGGGAGGAAGAUGUCGGAGGUGGACGAGGAGUCGAAGCAGGUGUCGUAUAAGGUUGUGAGGGACGAGAAUGGGAAUGUCAAGCUGGAUUGUCCUGCUAUUGGGAAGCAGUUUGCCCCCGAGGAGAUUUCUGCUCAGGUUUUGAGAAAGCUUGUGGAUGAUGCAUCAAAAUUCUUAAGUGAUAGAGUUAGUAAAGCAAUAGUUACAGUGCCUGCCUAUUUCAAUGACUCCCAAAGGACAGCAACAAAAGAUGCUGGUCGUAUUGCUGGGUUAGAAGUUCUGCGCAUUAUCAAUGAACCUACUGCUGCUUCGCUGGCUUAUGGAUUUGAGAAGAAGAAUAAUGAAACCAUCCUAGUGUUUGACCUUGGUGGUGGUACAUUUGAUGUCUCAGUUCUUGAGGUUGGAGAUGGAGUUUUUGAGGUUCUUUCUACCUCUGGUGAUACGCAUUUGGGAGGAGAUGACUUUGACAAGAGAAUUGUUGAUUGGCUUGCUGGAAAUUUUAAGAGAGAUGAAGGCAUUGAUCUUCUGAAGGACAAACAAGCUCUUCAACGUCUCACUGAGGCCGCUGAGAAGGCAAAGAUGGAGCUGUCAUCACUGACUCAAACCAACAUAAGUUUACCUUUCGUAACUGCCACUGCUGAUGGUCCCAAACACAUUGACACCACCCUUACAAGGGCCAAGUUUGAAGAAUUAUGCUCAGAUCUACUGGACAGGCUUCGAACACCAGUUGAGAAUGCCCUGAGGGAUGCAAAACUCUCCUUUAAAGAUAUAGAUGAAGUCAUCCUUGUUGGUGGAUCAACUCGUAUCCCAGCUGUUCAAGAACUUGUUAGAAAGCUGACUGGUAAAGAACCUAAUGUUACAGUCAAUCCAGAUGAAGUUGUUGCUCUCGGAGCUGCAGUUCAGGCUGGUGUCUUGGCUGGAGAUGUUAGCGACAUUGUGCUUUUGGAUGUGACUCCGCUAUCUCUAGGUCUGGAGACUUUGGGUGGUGUGAUGACAAAAAUUAUACCAAAGAACACAACCCUACCUACCUCCAAAUCAGAGGUGUUCUCCACUGCUGCAGAUGGCCAGACCAGCGUUGAGAUCAAUGUCCUUCAAGGUGAAAGAGAGUUCGUAAAAGAUAACAAAUCUCUAGGAAGCUUUCGUUUGGAUGGUAUCCCGCCAGCUCCACGUGGUGUUCCACAGAUUGAAGUGAAAUUUGACAUUGAUGCCAACGGUAUCCUUUCGGUAACGGCUGUUGAUAAGGGAACGGGAAAGAAGCAGGACAUUACAAUAACUGGUGCGAGUACCUUGCCCAAAGAUGAGGUGGAGAGGAUGGUUAAAGAAGCUGAAAGGUUCGCGAAGGAGGAUAAGGAAAAAAGGGAGGCUAUAGAUACAAAAAACCGGGCAGAUUCUGUUGUGUACCAAACUGAAAAGCAGCUCAAGGAGCUGGGAGACAAGGUACCUGCUUCUGUCAAGGAGAAGGUGGAGGCCAAACUGAAAGAACUGAAGGAUGCUAUCGCUCGUGGUUUGACUCAAGCCAUUAAAGAUGCAAUGGCGUCACUGAACCAAGUCGUCAUGGAGCUAGGGCAGUCUGUUUACAGCCAGUCAGGGGUCCCUGGUGCUGGACCCACACCUGGUGGUGCUGAUACCGGGCCAACUCGCUCAACUGGAAAAUCAGCUGAUGGAGAUGGAGAUGUGAUCGACGCAGACUUCACUGAAAGCAGGUGAUUUAUGAGUGGGCUGACCUGUACCUUUCUGAGAACCAUCCAAACACCUCCACCUUUUUGUAUUAUUGUAAAUGGAACUUGGUAGGUACCGUGAAUUAUCAUUCUCUCUGUAAAUGUGAAUGGGUUUAUAGAUUUCCAAGGUUUUCGGCAGCUGGUUGUUUUUGAGGUAAAGUCCGUCUUCCGUCGUCGUCGGAGGAAACAGGCACUAGGAACAUAUUGUGGAUUGGUUUGAUGUACAUAUGUAGAACGGGGAACGGGGUUCUGGCAAUGGUGUAAGACUUUCAGCAGUUUUGUCAUUUUCUGUCGAAACAUCAUGCAGUAAUGUUCAUGAAACUCGUAUUUCUUA